CCAGGCCCACCACAGCGCUGCUCUCACCCCGCGCCCCGAGCGGAGCCCAGAGGGGACCACGCCCCGCGCGCCCCCGCCCCGCUGUGGGCGGAGCCCCAGCUCCCGCCUGCGCCGAUUGGCUGACGCGAACCAGGCCCCUCCCACCGCCUAGGGGCUGUCGCCUUUUCUGCCUGACUGGACGGUGUCGCCGACUUGGAUUUUCCGCGAGCGGCUGGCGUGCUUGGGCGAGGCGAGCUCGCACUGUUUUGGUGCCGGCUGCUGUAAUUGUUCGGACUUUUUUUUUUCUUUUUUUUGUCUCAUUCUUUCCGCGCCUUCCCGCGCAGGCGUCCCUGAGCCGGUGGGGCCCUUGAACGUUACGGCGUCGCCAGAACGCCGGCGGCGGGCGGGGCGGGUCCUUUCGGCCGAGCCGUCGCAGCCGGUGCCCGCCCCGGCCCACCAUGUACUACAAGUUCAGCGGCUUCGCGCAGCGCCUCGUCGGGGCCACGGCGGCCGCCGCCUACACCCCACAGGGUCUCAAACCAAUAGCUCCCACUGAAUCCCCAGAUCCAAUAUUUGGGACAAGUAAACCUGCUCCAGGUUUACCAGCAAGUGAUCCUUUCUUGGGUACAAACAAGGUGCCAGAUCUACAGAAAAUUUUUCAGCUCCUCCUCUGCCCCUGAACUUUGAUUUGCUAGCCUCUGUAAAGACCCAUCUCAGAACUGUGCAGAAACAGCCUUCAAAGUAAAUAAGAAAAAUAGUUGAUAAAGGAAACAAACUUCCUUUCUUUUUAAUAUUUUACUAAAAACAUUCUGAUGUUUUUCCGUUUAAGUUACAUCAAUUAUUACUGCUUCUUAGGAAAGAAAAUAGCUGCUUGUACUGUGAUCUUAAGUUUCAGUCAGUGUUGGUAUUUCAGGAUGGGAGAGAUUUCAGUCAAUGAAAAAUAGUUUUGUAAGGACAGCAAGAGCCAAAGAAUAGCAGAGAAUAAGUUCUGCAGGAAUGGACAGUUGUGUUGCCUCUACUGAUAAAAUAUUUUCUCCUCAGUAGCCCAUGCUUCCCUGGCACUCAAUCUUGUGCUGUAGGCUGUUAAAUACUACAAAAAAAAAAAAAAAAAAAAAAAAAAAAGGGAAAAAAGGAAGAAAGAAAACAGCACAGUAGAUUGUUGUCUGUCUUCCCUACAUACCAUCUAUCAAGCACUGCCUACAGGAGUUUUUUAGUAAUGGAUAUUGUGCACAUGAACUUGACAGGUAGAUUUUCAUGAAGCUGUGCUUUGUUCAGAGUAUUUCCAUCCUCUUUGUUUUCUGAUUUGGUUUUGGUUUUAUUGGAGGAGUGGGUUAGGGAUUUUCUUUUUUUGUUGUUGUUUUUUUGUGAUAAUAGUGGGUUUUUUGUUUUAAACCAACUAUUUUUAGCAGUCAUCUAGAGGGUAAUGACUUUCAGCUUGUUGCUAAAGCAGAUGUGGAUAAAAUAACCAAGCUGUUACCCCACAGCUCAUUAGCCAUUGGGAAUACUCUAGUGGAAGGAAUGACAGCCUUAGCACUCAGACCCAGCUUGCUCAAAGUAACUCAGCUAGGACAUUGGGUUCUUGUCUUGCAGUUAGAGGUCAUGGCUGAAUCUACAGACAGCAGAAUAGCCUUGGGCUUCCCUUUUUCCAGCUCAGUGUCAGCAGCUAA